UGCCAUUUGAGAUACGCAAUCCUUGCCGUAUGUUAGCCUUAUAGCUGGCUGAAUUGUCAUUUCUCGUCGUGAUCGUCAGCGUGGGUCUGCUCGAGCCCCAAGGACGACUUGGGAGUCCGACGAAGACCGUAAUGUCAUGGUAAGCAUCGAAGGAGACGGUCUCAAGUUCCGCCCGUUCCCAAACUAUAAAGCUGUGUUUCUAACCCACGAGAAUUUGAAUUCCUCCGAAAUUGGAAAAUUCGUAAAAUGGCCGUCGACUGGACUCAACUCCCGCGAGAGCUCUUCGAGUCAAUCUCAAAGUGCCUCACCAUUUACGCCGAUUACCUCCGAUUCCGAGCCGUCUGUCACAGCUGGCGAUCCUCCGUCUCAAUCAUCCCGCGCCACCUACCUCCUCAGCUGCCUUGGCUCAUGCUUCCCUUCACCCAAUCUCUCCAAUCCCACCUCGCCUUUUUUGACCUCUCUGCCCAGUCACUCCACCUCCUCGAGCUUCCUGAAGCCGCGUCUCACUGCAAGCGCCGCUGCGGAUCCUCCCACGGUUGGCUCGUGAUCCUAGGCGAAACCCCAGAAGUCCUUCUCCUCAACCCUCUCACUCGAUCCAAGAUUCACCUCCCUCCGCUCUCCACCUUCCCCUACGUCCUGAGCUUCAAUUACUCCGAAGUCGGUAAAGAAUACGAGCUUCGAGGCACCUUCGGGGACAUCCACCGGCGUGGUUUGAGGGAAAUGCGCGACUCGUUUAUCAAGAAAGUGGUUCUCUCCUCAAGCCCGCAGAGUGAUAACAACAAUAAUAAAAACUUCAUCGCGCUGGCAAUUCUCCUUCAACCAGAUAUUUUAGCGUACUGCAAGAACGGCGACCAAUCUUGGACACUGUUACACAGAGCGAGGUUUUUCUGCGAGGACGUUAUAUAUCACAAGGACUUAUUCUACGCGGUGGACAAGCAAGGAUCUAUCGCGGUGUGCGAUUUACACAGCGAGUCGCCGAGCGUCUCAAUUAUCAGAAUGCCAAUCGAAUCCCGCGGCGACAUGAGAUAUUUGGUGAAUUCAGGGGAUGAAUUGUUGAUGGUAACGCGGUACGUAGAACUUCAUUACGAUGACAUCGCCCCAUACUUGCUGAACGCGUUCUACAAAACGGUGCGGUUUGAGGUAUUCAGAAUGGUUUGGAGUGGUCCACAGUGGGAGAAAGUUACAAGCUUGGGUGACCGGAUGUUGUUUAUCGGAGAAAAUUCAUCCUUCUCGUUACCGGCUUCUGAUUUUCCGGGAUGUUUAGGGAACUGUAUAUAUUUCACCAACGAUGAUUGUGAAUUCAGUCUUGAUAGUGAUUUUGGAGAGUAUGAUUUGGGCAUCUUCAAGAUAUGGGAUGGAAGCAUCGAACCUUUACCCUGUUAUCAGCGAAAUCCUCAAUCUCAGGUACACGGGCCUCCAAUUUGGGUUACACCGAAUCCUUGCUGAUGUUUCGUCUUGAAUCUAUGUCUGUAACAAUCUCAGCCAACCUGCAACCAAAGAAAGAGCCUUGGAGAACCCUGUGGGGAUGCCUCCGUUAAGUUAGAGAGAUGUUAGCUUCUCUCAACCCAAAAAAUGAAUCAUUUGCCCUGGAAUGUGCCGAGUAGUAGACGGGUUGGGGUGUUCUAUAUGGCAUGGUCCUUUUGGGAGUACAAUUUUAAGUGCGCAGUUUGGUAUAAUUCCUUCACGGGAGCACGAUUUUGCUGUUGAUAGCGUCCUUCUAACGUUUU